AUGGCAGCUGCUUCUCCUAUGGCAAGCCAACUCAAGUCCACCUUCACUAGACCUUUGGUCACACCUAAGGGACUUUGUGGCUCUUCACCACUUCAUCAAUUUCCUAGAAGGCAAUUUAACUUCACCGUUAAGGCCAUCCAAUCCGAAAAGCCCACAUACCAAGUGGUUCAGCCCAUCAACGGCGAUCCAUUCAUCGGAAGCCUGGAAACUCCGGUGACAUCAAGCCCAUUGGUUGCAUGGUAUCUCUCCAAUCUACCAGGCUAUAGAACUGCAGUGAACCCACUACUCAGAGGUAUUGAAGUGGGUUUAGCCCAUGGGUUCUUCCUCGUAGGCCCAUUUGUGAAAGCCGGGCCUUUAAGGAACACCGAAUACGCCGGAAGUGCAGGCUCUCUAGCAGCUGCUGGGCUUGUUGUUAUCCUUAGCAUUUGUCUUACAAUCUAUGGAGUUUCAUCCUUCAACGAAGGUGAUGCAUCAACUGCUCCAGCAUUGACUUUGACAGGCCGGAAGAAGCAGCCCGAUCAGCUCCAGACAGCAGAUGGAUGGGCCAAGUUUACUGGUGGGUUUUUCUUUGGUGGAAUUUCUGGUGUCACUUGGGCUUUUUUUCUUCUUUAUGUUUUGGAUCUUCCAUACUUUGUUAAGUAA